GAGCUUGCAAUUUGGUCACAGCAGAAGAAGAUUACUUAAACCAUAAGCAAAGAGCCAAACAUUGUAAUAAAUCUCAUCAUCAUUCCCACCGAAUAAAAAAUGACGCACAUUCAAUUUGUCUGAUUCAAGGGCCCAAGAGAGAGAGAGAGAGAGAGAGAAUGGAAACAAGCUUCCUCACUCAUUCAGCUGCUACACUACACUCCACUUAACACCUCCUUUAUCAACGGUCAUUCCAUAGGGACGUUUCGGUAAAUUCCUCUCCCUCCUUCGUUCCACGGUCGCUUUCAACUGUUUCACACUGAACUCUCUUGUUCGUUUUCACACCAUUUUGCUUCCACUGUGCCUCCAAAAGUCUCAUCUUUCUUUUUUAUACCGAACUGGGUAGAGUUCAUCAGUGACAAUGGAAACUGGGUCGAACUCAGAAUCAUUGAACAGAAACGUGGCGAUGAGUGUGAGGGGUAGCACUGGGAAGAAGAAACAGCAGGGAGGUGUUACUCUAGCAGGCAAAAAAGUGGACCCUUUUGUGCCGAGAAGCGAGCACAACCCGAGAGAGUUACGGUCGUGGGCGAAAAGAACAGGUUUUGUGUCAGAUUACUCUGGGGAAGCAGGGUCAAGUGGAAGUGCAAAGUUUGAAGCUUUAGAGAGGAGAGGAGGAGGGUCAUCUCCGAAGAUAGAGAUAGAUCCGGUGGUGGGGAGAACGAGGCAAAACGAGAUCGAACAAGAGACUCAUGGAGGAGCAAUGAGGGGUGAGAAUGGUGCUGUUUUGGAUGGGAGAGGGAGGAAAGAGAAGGAGAAUGAGGGUUGUGAGAGGAAAGUUGGUUUCAAUGGGAAUGGGAAUGGGCAUGGAGUUUCUGCAGUGGCUCCUGUGAAUGAGGAAAAGGAGGGGGAGGAGGGAAAUGGGGAUGUUAAGGUCAGUGUGCUUCAUGAAGGGGAGGAGGUUGCUGAUGGAGGGUGGCAGGGACCGUUGGGAUUGAAGUGCGGGCUCAAAGAGAAUCCCGGGAUUGUACCUCUUAUCUAUUAUGGCCUGCAGCACUAUCUAUCGUUGGUUGGUUCUCUUGUAUUGAUUCCAUUAGUCAUGGUACCUGUCAUGGGUGGAACAGAUAAGGAUACUGCUACCGUAAUUUCUACAAUACUGUUUCUUUCUGGCAUCACAACUAUACUGCACUCCUACUUUGGUACCCGACUGCCUUUAGUUCAAGGGAGCUCAUUUGUGUAUUUAGCACCAGCAUUAGUUAUCAUAAAUGCUCAAGAAUAUCGGAAUCUUACUGAACAUAAAUUUAGACACAUAAUGAGGGAACUCCAAGGAGCUAUAAUUGUUGGUUCAGUAUUCCAAUGUAUCCUGGGAUUUAGUGGUUUAAUGUCUAUUCUACUCAGGUUAAUCAACCCAAUUGUGGUUGCCCCAACUGUUGCUGCUGUAGGUUUAGCAUUCUUCAGUUAUGGUUUUCCACAAGCAGGCUCAUGCCCCGAAAUUACCAUUCCACAGAUAGCGCUGGUUCUAAUAUUCACUCUGUAUCUUCGAGGAAUAUCUAUCUUUGGGCGCCACUUAUUUCGAAUUUAUGCUGUUCCCUUGAGUUUGACAAUAAUUUGGAUAUAUGCAUCCUUUUUAACAGCUGGGGGAGCAUAUAAUUACAAAGGAUGCAAUCCAGAUAUACCAAGUUCAAACAUUCUGUUGGAUGCAUGUAGAAAACAUGCGUAUACCAUGAAGCAUUGCAGGACUGAUGUUUCCAAUGCAUUGUCUACUGCUGCAUGGGUCAGAAUUCCUUACCCUUUACAAUGGGGUAUCCCUAUUUUCCAUUUUAGGACUUCCAUAAUCAUGGUCAUAGUGUCACUGGUUGCCUCUGUGGAUUCAGUUGGAACUUAUCGUGCUACAUCUCUGCAAGUUAACUCGAGGCCUCCAACUCCCGGAGUUGUGAGCCGAGGAAUUGCACUUGAGGGUUUCUGUAGUAUAUUGGCUGGUCUUUGGGGUUCUGGUACCGGCGCAACAACCUUGACAGAAAACACGCACACAAUUGACAUCACAAAGGUGGCAAGUCGGAAGGUAGUGGUAGUUGGAGCAGCUUUCGUGAUCCUGUUCUCAUUUAUAGGGAAAGUGGGUGCCCUUCUUGCUUCCAUUCCACAGGCCUUGGCUGCUUCUGUACUGUGUUUCAUGUGGGCUCUUACUGCAGCAUUGGGCCUCUCAAAUUUACAGUAUAGUAAAUCAGCCAGCUUUAGGAACAUAACAAUAGUUGGCGUUUCGCUGUUCCUUGGCAUGUCCAUCCCUGCUUAUUUUCAACAAUACCAGGCCGAGUCAAGUCUGAUACUGCCCAGUUAUCUGGUUCCUUAUGCAGCAGCAUCAAGUGGGCCAUUCCGUUCAGGCAUUAAACAACUUGAUUUUGCAAUCAAUGCUCUUAUGUCCUUGAACAUGGUGGUUACACUGUUGGUGGCAUUCCUACUGGACAACACCGUCCCUGGCAGUCAAGAAGAACGAGGGGUGUAUUUAUGGUCGCAAGCUGAAGACAUUGUCACUGAUCCCUCACUGCAAUCCGAAUAUUCGCUGCCAAAGAAAGUUGUGCGGUGUUGUUGUUGCUUCAAAUGCUUGGGAGUCUAAUGCUUGGUUCACUCUCAAAUUUUAAUCCUGGUAACAUUCCUUCAAGAAAAAGGCCACUCCUGGGAUAUGUCUAUUAUUCCUUUAUUCUCUUCCGUGGGACUAGAAGAUGUUGCUGUUCAUGAGGACGAAGGUAAAUUAUACAAGGAUGUGUAAUAUAACUAUAGUGACAUUAGAUUGAUGAUAGACUUAGACUGAUUACUUAUAGCUAUAGAAUAUUUAUUAUGCUUGGAAAAUUUCAUAGUUGAUAGUUGUUUCACACGUCAAGUGUCUGCUGAAAAAAAAAUGUACUCUCGUAUUUAUGUUUUUUUAUCAAUAAAUAUUCCAUUUUUUCAGUUUCA